UCUGAUAAUAUCAAUAAGCAAGAUACCGAGAAUAAAAAUGAAUGGAUUAAUUGGAUUGAAGAAGCUAUUGAUAAAGAACAUAUAAAAUAUUAUGAAUAUAAAGAAUUUAGUAACUUUCAAGAAAUUGGUGCAGGAAGUUUUGGAAAAGUGUACCGUACAAAUUGGAAAAAUUUAGAGAAAUAUUUUGCAUUAAAGUCCUUUUUUAGUCUUAACAAUGUUACCGUGAAAAAAAUUGUUCAUGAGUUAAAAAUUCAACGUAAAAUAGAUUAUCAUGAUAAUAUUAUUUGUUGCCAUGGAAUAACAAAAUUUGAAUUAAUAGAAUCUCAUAUUAAUAAUAAUUAUAUGUUAGUAAUGGAAUAUGCUAACAGUGGUAACCUUCGAAGCUAUUUGGAAAAAAACUUUGGUA